AUGGCGGGCGGCGCGGCGGGGCGGCCGCUGCGGGCCGCGCUGCUGAUGGCGGUGGCGGCGCUGGCGGCGGCCGAGCGGGAGCUGCGCUUCAAGGCGCCGCCGGCGGCCGAGGCGCCGGUGCGGCUGUUCACCGAGCCCGAGCUGGCCAGAUACGACGGGCAGCAGGAAGGACAGCCCAUUUACCUAGCAGUGAAGGGGGUAGUAUUUGAUGUCACCUCUGGAAAAGAAUUCUAUGGAAAAGGAGCCCCAUACAAUGCUUUGGUUGGGAAAGAUUCAACAAGAGGAGUUGCAAAGAUGUCUCUGGAUCCAGCAGAUCUUACUCAUGACAUAACAGGACUCACAGAAGAGGAACUAAAGUCACUGGAUGAUAUCUUCAAUAAUGUUUACAAAGCCAAAUAUCCAAUUGUUGGCUAUACUUCUCGAAGAAUUCUGAAUGAGGAUGGCAGCCCCAAUCUAGACUUUAAGCCUGAAGAUCAGCCACACUUCAACAUUAGAGAUGAAUUUUGAUAAACAUUUUUGUACUUGGAAAAUGCUUGGGGAGAAGCAUGAUAUAUUUCCUGAAAGGCACAACACUACUGUACUGUAUAUGUAUACACAUCUAUAUUUUCUGAACAGAAGACUGAUUGAUGAUAGCUAAUAUUUGUAAUGAAUAACUGAAAAUAUGAAAGAAACCAGAUCUGUAUUAGUGGCGUAUAUACAGGAUCUUUGCUCUGAAUGGUGGGAAUUUUUUGAUGUUUUUGAAAGUUCUUUCUGCUUGUAUUUCUUUGUUUGCAAGUACAUUAUGUAAAAUUACAUUUCU